CGGCCCGAAAACUUUCCCUUCCCCGACUACCAACUAAUUCUAAUACUAUGGCUUGACAUCAUCUCCACCACAAACAACAAGUAAUUAUUUCUCCUGAGAAUAAAUAACCUUCAUAAAAAAGGGCCUUCAACAAUAAAAUAUAAUCUCUCAAUCCCAUCAAGCACAAUCCAAAUCAAGAAAAAUGUCCUAUCAAAUUCAAAGCCAUUCCACCCUCCGCCCUGCCAACGCCGCGGCCAUGAUCUCCUUCUUGGAAUCCUUUUACCGGCUUAGCGACACCGAAUCCGCCCACGAGCAAUACGUCCAGAGCUUUACGGAUGAUGCGACUUUGAUUAUGGGGUCGAAGGUUGCUAAGGGGAAGGAUGAAAUCCUCCCCCUCCGCCACGGCCUCUGGACCCACGUCGCCUCCCGAAACCACACCCCAGAACGGGUGUAUUUCGGCGGCGACGGCGAGCUCAUGCUCUACGGGACGGUGCGGUAUGUAUUACGCAAUGAUCCCAACAAGGAGGUCGAGGUGCCCUGGGCGGGACGGGUAGUUUUUGCUGGUGAGGAAGAGAAGGAUUUGCGGAUGAGGUUUUAUCAGGUUUACUUGGAUCCUAGUGCGCAGUCGGGGAGGAAGUAAAGGGUAUGACCUGGUCGGGUUUGGCUCGGUGGGUGAGUGAGGGUGGUUGGCAUGGUGGACGGAAGGUAGACGUGUAGUUGAAGGGGAGGUGGGUUUUAUUGUACUGCCUGUAUCAUAAUGUGAUGUCUAUAAGCUGCAGGACUCGGAAAUCAUAGUACUAGAAUAGGGAACAGAAUGUGCCCUGAGAAUAAAGGAUCCACCAUGAACCUAUGCAGGGAAAUGGAGAUUGCAUGACCUUGACACAGGCAAGGCAUCUCCUACCAUCACAAAUUAUCAAAUUGAAG